AUGUCAUUGAUUCCAUCUUCUAAACACAAAUCAAAACGGGGGUCUUCUGACCACAAUAAAUCUUCAAGUACAUCAGAUGCUGGCUCAGCGAAUCUCCUCACAACAUACCCGGAAUUCGACCAACUUGUCAAAGAUCUGAAACAGUUCGACCUUUCCCUAGAUUCGAAAUAUAACCAUGGAAACACAGGCCUCAAAGCGCAUGAAAGUAAUUUUCGAGAGGCCAUGAAAGACCUGCAGAAGGCAUCGAAAGCUCUUGCAGAUAAGCUUGAAGAGAUAAGUAAGCUUACGGCACGAAAGAAGCGUCGAAUGGACCGGUUAGACUCGUUGAAGAACGGUUGCGGAGCUGGAGUGGAUGACGCAGAAAAAGCUUGGAACAAAUGGCUAGAAAAGCAGAAUGAAGAAGAGGAAAACGAAAAGAAGCAAAAAAGACGAGCUGAGGAAGCCAGACGAGGAGCACAAAUAAGAAGUCAUCCGGAGAAAAAGCCUUACAAAGGGCACUGGUCUAAGUGGUCUCAUCAGGAUGAGUACUUUUUACAAAAGUACGGCACUAAAGGAUUCAAACCUGAAGAUAUGCUUCUGGGGGAUAACGGGUUGCAGGGGCAACUAAAGACUUCGCUGGAGAAUAUCAAGUGGCACGAGAAUCCCAAAAUGAUUUGGAGUUGA